GCUCGUUCUUCCGCGGAAGGCAGCUGAGUUGAUCUGCGCGGUUUCUAGCGUACAUCGAGUGUCACUUUCGAUGCCUUCAAUUCCCGCUGCGCCGAGGAACCUGUAGCCACUUCAAAUCCCACGAUUCGCACGCUGCAUGCAACUUACGCACUUGCAUCACCCAAACUGCAGGAAUCUCACCAAGCACGUAUCUGACCGGAACCGGAUUAGAGGGAAGAUAACGAAUCGAUCGGUCCGCUGGGCGCGCGAUCGCGUUCAACUUGAAAGCGAUCUGCGCGAGUCGCUUUCAACUGCGCCUGGGCCGUGGGUUUCCUCGCGUAGAUUUUCAUUCAUUCAUUCGAAAAUUCAGAAACCAGACAGACGCCCAGUCGGAAGGUCGUUUCGUCUGUCUGCAUCUGGGUUCCGCGAGACUUCUUGUUCCUCGUGCAUCGGAUAAAGCUAUCUGGCGAUCAGUCUGCGAGCAAAAAGUUGCAUCUGCCGGGUCGGUUUAUCUGCGGUUUCCUUGCGUACUUUUUGCAAUUCGUCACUUAUAAAUAAGAGCGGACGCACGACAAAUCAAUUGCAUGUGCUGCCAGUGCAAUGCAACAUAUGUUCGGGCGGAUGUGGCGUGAAUGACCGUCAAAUUGAUCGCAAUCUUUUUUGCGUUAGAUCGUGCGACAAACGAAUUGGUUGCAUCAGCGUUGCGGUGGCGUUGGGUGCAAUAACCGUUACACUCGCGUGUGUGGCGGGAAACCUUCAAGAUCGGUUUUCGGUUUCGAUUUCAUCUUGAGAAAUUUCCAAUCCUGCUUGCAGUUCCAAGUGAUCGAUCGUGUAUCUUAAAUGAUUUUAGAUUUGUUUACGGAAUUUUGCACGAGACCCUGUUCCAUGCAGUUUUGAGAAUUUUGGUCCAGACAUUGGCAUUAGAAGCACGUUUUCUUUCUCAGCGCGAAAUUGCUAAAAAUAAUUUUACGAGUAUUCAAUGGAUCGAGUGUCCCGUUUGUAAAUUUAGAUUUUUGAAAUAUCUUAUCUUCUAAGUAAGCGUUUUAUCGAUUUUUCAAGGCUUUAUUUGAAUACUUUUGUCGGUAGUGAUUCUUGUUAUUCACGUCUGCAGGCGAACUGUGUAAAUAAAUGACCACUGCAAGUGUAUAUGGGCCAGAAGUGAAAUAAAAUUGGAUAAUAAAAGAAGUGUUGAGGCUAAUCUUGCCGUUUCUUGAAUUGAUCUUACAGAAGCACCUAUCGCCGAGUUUUUUUCAUGCCAUUGGUGAAAUGAGAUAGCAUGUAAAGCAGCAAAUCGACAGUCGAAGCGGACAUAUUUCUACCCCAUAACGCACAACUGUGAUAUUAUUAUGAAGUUAUUAGAAAUAUUAGUUAUAGUUCUUAUAUUCGUGGCUGUAAAUACAUCGCGCGUUCAAGAUGCCAAGUCACAAAUUCGAGACGAGGUGCGACACGCUAUCGGAAGACCCCCCAGACCACCAAGUCGCAAGGAAAUCGCCGAAAUAAGACAUGAUAUAGGUCAUCAUCACAAUUUGGAUCAGCCGAGAAAAUGGAGCCACCGACGCAGAUUGGGAACGUAUUUUACGCCAUGGACAAAAUGGAGUGCAUGUGAUCCAUUGUGUCGACAAAGUCGCGAACGAUAUUGUCGAAAUCGUCGGAAAUGCGGUGAGACGAAGCAUAGUGAGGAAAGGAAGUGCUCUAGAUGUCAUCCAGACCACUCCUUGUUCGAAACCUCAACCUUCAACUCACAUUACACAACCUCCCCGCCACAUCGAAUUCCCGUGUAUGAGGAAGUACCCAAAGUCGAGCAAGAGCCAGAUUACAUAGUCAAAAAAUACAAAAAGAAACGAAAACCAAUUGUCAUCGAAGUCGAGGACUAUGAAGACUUGGAAAAGGAGGAAGAAGAGGACGAAAGCGACCUGUACUUGAAAAAAUUCAAUAGAAGACAGGUGAAAUCAAUUAGGUCUAAGGAAUGGAAUGGCGAUUUCCAAGUCUACGAUCCCGAAGUAGCGAAUGCAUUUGAUGCGAUCAUUAGCACCGGGAGAAAAGCUCUUCCUCAGGAUUCUUCCUUUGAAUACGAGGAAGAGUCAGACGUGAAGGAUAUAAAUGGUCCGGGAGAGUUCAACUUCGAAUAUGAUGAUGACUAUGACGAAGGAAGGAAUUCGAGCCGAGUUCUACCCAGGGAGAAAGCCGUUUUCGAGUUACCACCGAGACAUCGACGAGUUUAUUCGCGAUGGAGUAAAUGGACCAAAUGCUCGGCCAAAUGUACGACAAGGAGAUAUAAGAAAUGCCGUAUCCGCGAAUAUUGUGGCAAAGAAGUACUUCGUGAGAUAGCCUAUUGCUACACGGAAGGAAGUUUCUGCCAAGCUUGGGUCGAGUCUCAAGUCCACAAGACGCCCCCUUUCGACUUGAAGCCUGUGGCUACAAGCCGAAAGGACGUUGUCAACUCAAAUGCAAUUGCCAGUGAUUACAUUCUUAGUGGAAAGGGCUACCGUGGUCCAGAAUAUAGCCCCCUCAAACUAAAGUGUGGAAUUUCGUUAGUUCGAAGCAGUCGACGAAAUAGCAUCAAUAAUAUGUUAAAGAUCAUUGGAGGCAAAACUGCCCGGAGGGGGCAGUGGCCUUGGCAAGUGGUCAUUUUCAAUAGGUUCAAGGAGGCAUUCUGUGGAGGAACACUUAUUGCGCCUAACUGGGUGUUAACUGCAGCACAUUGUGUACGCAAAGUGUUAUACGUUAGAAUCGGUGAACAUAAUUUAGAUGUCAAGGACGACUCCGAGAUCGAGAUGAGGGUUGUCAAAAGUAUUAAGCAUCCCAGCUACGAUAAGAAAACUGUUGACAGUGAUGUAGCCCUUCUAAGACUUCCAAAAUCCGUCAGCCCAAGCCAGUGGAUAGGAUAUGCUUGCAUGCCGAAGCCAUAUCAACCUCUUCCCAAAAAUAUCCAAUGCACUGUGAUCGGUUGGGGCAAGCGACGAAACCGUGAUCAAGCCGGGACCAGCGUCUUAAACCAGGCGGAGGUUCCUAUCAUUUCAAUGGAGAACUGCAAGGCUGUGUACCAUGACUACACCAUUACCAAAAACAUGUUCUGCGCCGGCCACAAACGAGGUAGAAUCGACACAUGCGCCGGCGAUUCAGGCGGACCCCUCCUCUGUCGCGACUCCACCCAGCCGAAUCAUCCUUGGACCAUUUUCGGGAUUACUAGUUUCGGCGAUGGUUGUGCGAAGAAGAACAAAUUCGGAAUUUAUGCGAAAGUUCCAAACUAUGUUGACUGGGUAUGGUCAGUGGUGAAUUGCAACGGGAAUUGCAAAACGGGGACUGCCAACCGUAAACUCGGGUGAGACGAUGCGCGAGGAACUCUAACGACUAACGAAUCAAAGAAUCUCUCUCUUAAAAGUGCUUUAAACAUUUCCAAUAUCAAAGUAGAAUAUUAACUCUUUAAGACUAUUUAUUUCUUACUUUUGUAACCGUCGAAUUGUCGGGGGGAGACACACGCGAUAAAUUUUCACUCUUUUCUUUUUCCAUUGAAAAAUUUGAGCUAGAAAUUUUGUGCAAUCGGAUCAGAGGCAGCUAUCCUUCAUCAGACAGCCUAACUACUCAGCUCCGUCCGCUUUCAGUCAAAGACCAGAAGAGCGUCCUCCGAUAUUAAGGACUAUCUCACUAUUUAUAAUUUUGUUGACUCUCGCUUUUGUUAAAAAAAAAUGCGAAUCUUUUGCUUCUUACAUAAUGUAAAUACGAAAAUACGUAAUUUAAAUCGAAAAGCAAUAAAUACUGCAAAAACGAUGAUAAUUUCUAGACUAGAAUCGAAUCUUUUUACUCAAGCACAAUUUAGAGCCAGUCGUUUCAGAUAAUGUCUACUUCUAAUUCUAAUGAUCAUUUUCUAGUAUUUUUUAAUACUUGUACGUAAGGCAUGCAGGAUAUUUUAGCAUUUGUAUUUAUAUGUAAAUAUUGCAAUAAAGUGUUGAAAACUUCGAUGAA